UCUGACAUUCCUCCCGGACAGAAGGCUAAAAUGAAGACACUGCUAUCCUUGAAAAGGGAGGAGGGUAUGGCCACUUGUAUGAGUGGCAUCCCCACUGUCCAAUAGCAAUUGAGAGCAAAGCUCCCUUCUCAUUGGUUCAACCGUAACCCGGAAAAGCGGGCUUCCGGAGCAGCCUGGCGCUGAGAGAAAAGCAUAGCGAGCGGGAGAGGCGAAGGUGUGGUCAGCCGUAUGAGUGGCACCUCCACUGUCCAAUAGCGGCUCAAAGCAAAAGCUCCCUUUCUGAUUGGUCAAUCUGUAACCCGGAAAGGCGGGCUUCCGGUCCGCUCAAACGUCUGGCGCCGAGCGAAAUCAAAAAGAGCAGCAAAGGGCGGCUGAGGGGGCCGUUGCCAUGGAGACGCUGCUCUCUCAGGCCGAGCAGCUCCAGUUACUGCUGGCCGCCUCCCGCUCGGGCCUCGUCCGGAAGUGGAGCCCGGAGACCGUUUCGCGGAGCCUGAGCUGGGCCCGCUUCUUCCGCCGGCUCCACCGCCGCCUCGGGGCCCGCUCCGGCCUCCUGAGGGCCGCUCUGCAGCGACGCCUCGACGGGGCCGGGCUCCACCUGGGACACUUGGGGCGCUGCCCUGAGCUGCUGGCUUUGGCGUUGCUGGAGAACGGGGCGCUGCCUUCCGCCGCCCGAGGCCGCCUCCUCCAAACCCUGCUUUUCCCGGACUCCCAGGAGGAGGAGGAGGAGGAGGAGGAAGAAGAAAAGGAAGGAGGAGAGGAGACUCCAUCUCCGCCGCCUUUCCUGCCCUUGCUGGCCAGGCGCAAGGCCGCCUCCCGGCUCCUCCUCGGCCACCUGGGCCCCGAGGGAGGAGGAGGAGGAGGAGGCCCCGCGGAGAAAGCCCAAGCACAGCUGCUGCUCUCCCGCCUGAAGGUGGGAGGCUCCUUCCUCCUGGAGCAGCUGCCCCGAGGCCCUGCGCUUUUCCAAGCCGUGGCCGCGGCCCUGUUGUUGGAGCCCGGCGGCGGGGAAGCGGAGGCGUUGCUCUCUUGGCUGCUGCUGGAGGGCUGCGAGGCCCGCCUGGCUGACUUCUGCCGCUCCCUGCCGGCCUCCCUCGCGGCCUCGCUCUGCGCCCGCCACCCUCCGCUGCUGCGACCCUUCUUGGGGCUCCUGGCUGCCUGGGGAGCCCGCCUCCACUACGACCCUCUGCGAGGAGAGUGGAGAAGCAGCAACGGCGCCGAGGAGGAGGAGGAAGAAGAAGAAGCAGGGUCCUGGGAAGAGCUGGCCCAGCGCCUCCGCCGCCUCGCCCAGGAGCCCCGGCUCAGAAGCGAAGUCUGGGCUGAGCUGAAGCGCCUCCGAGCCCAGGAGGGGGACUUCGCAGCCAGGGGCCUCAGCGUCUGGACGGAUCUCCUCCUCGACCUCGAGGGACCCCAGCAGGAAGAGCAGCCCACCCUCCUCUGACUGUGACCCAGCCGAAGCAUUUGGGGAGCCGGGACUAAAAAGGAUCUCUCAUGAUUCAUAAACGCUGGGUCUCUAGGGCUGCAUCCACACCGGAGCAAUAACCCGGCUUGGCACCUCUUUAGCGCUUUUUCUGGCUCAAGGCUCCGCUCUGGGCCCCAUAACAAACUCCAGCUCCCAUAAUUCCAUAGCCCUGAG